AUAUAUAGUGGGGAGAGUGACCUAAAAUAACAGUAUUGUUUGAAGGAUUUGACACUGACAUUCGUUGUCCAUUGCCAAGUACACUGACUCUUAUUGAUUCAUAAUGAAAAUUAUUGUUCUAAUAUUUGUAUUUUUUGUUUCAUCUACAUCUGCUAUACUUGUGGAAUUAUUCCAGUCAGUUUAUGGACAGUAUUUACAGCAAGGAAUUCCUUUUAGGGAAAAUACUUUUUUAGGUAAUAAACCAAUAUUACGUGAGUAUGAUUUUAUUGUCAUUGGAGCAGGUCCUGGAGGCAGUGUUGUUGCAAACCGUUUAUCUGAACAGUCAAAUUGGACAGUUUUAUUAUUAGAAGCAGGACAAGAUGAAUCUGUAUACACAGAUAUACCAGGAGCAACAGGGUUUUUCGAUGCAACAGACUAUAAUUGGGGUUAUAUUGCUGAACCGGCAACAAAUGGUUGUCUAGGUUAUAAAAAUAAUCGUUGUCCAUGGCCAAAAGGAAAAGGCAUGGGAGGUUCAUCAAUUCUAAAUGCCAUGAUUUACACAAGAGGGAAAAAAGAAGAUUAUGAUACAAUUGCAGCACUAGGAAAUGAUGGUUGGGCUUACAAUGAUGUAUUGCCAUAUUUCUUAAAGUCUGAGAACAAUUCAAUAUCAGAAUAUCAAAAUUCGCCUUUUCAUUCACAAAAAGGAAAUUUACAUGUUGAACGAGUUAGAUAUCAUUCACCACUUGCUGACAAAUUUAUAGAAGCCGGAGGAGAAUUAGGAUUAAAAAAAAAUAUUGACUAUACAAUUAAUCCAGAAAAUGGAGUAUCACGUUUACAAGCCACAACACUAAAUGGACACAGAGUAAGUGCAUCAAAAGCUUUUAUUCGUCCAGCCAGAAAUCGUCAAAACCUUCAUGUGGCAAUACUCAGCCAAGUAACAAAAAUACUUAUUGAUCCAAAAACGAAAAAAACCACUGGAGUAGAAUUUAUGAAAAAAGGAAAACUUAGAACAGUUUAUGUCAGAAAAGAGGUUAUUUUAUCUGCUGGACCAAUUAAUUCUCCACAAUUACUAAUGUUAUCAGGCGUUGGACCAAAAGAUCACUUAAAACAUCAUGGUAUACCAGUAAUCCAAGAUUUACCAGUUGGAAAAAAUUUACUUGAGCACUAUGGCACAUUGGCUAUCAAAUUUGAAGUAAAUCAAACUGGACCAGCGCUGACGAACCAAACCUUAUCAGACCCACAUUUAUUUGAAGAAUGGUUCAAAUAUGGCAGAGGGCCAUUAACAACACCAGCCGGAGUUGAUGGCUUAGGCUAUAUUAGAUCGCCAUCGGGCAAAGGGAUUGAAUUAAUAUUUGGUCCGAUAUCGGAUGAACCCAACAUGUUUUUAAUUGCUACAUUGCUAUUGCAACCAGACGGACGUGGAAGCGUAAGUUUGAAAAGCAAUGAUCCAUUGGAUCCUCCCAUUAUGUCCUACGGCUAUUAUGAAAACAAUAAUACUGAUUUAGAAGACAAUGUAUAUGCACUUAAAUAUGCAGUGAAAUUAGUAGAAGAAACAAAUGCAUUUAAAGAUGUCGCAGCUAAACUAAGACCAAUACCACUACCGAAAUGUGAACAUUUACCAUUUAGAUCUGACGAUUAUUGGGUUUGUGUAUCAAAGCACCUGACAUACACCUUCCACCAUCAAUGUAGUACAUGUAGGAUGGGAGACGUUGUCAACAAUAAGUUACAAGUAAUCGGAAUUCAAGGAUUAAGAGUAGUGGACUCAUCGAUAUUUCCACAUAUACCCGAUGCACAUCUGUACGCCCCGACUUUGAUGGUUGGUGAAAAGGGAGCAGAUAUGAUUCGAAGCUAUUGGUUAAAGUAAUUUAUGAACUAUAUUAGUAAUAAAUAAUAAUAAUAAUAAUAAUAUUUAUUUAUUUAUUAAUUAUAAAAUGUAAUAAGUGAUGUACAUUUUUUUCAUUUUGUAUAGACAUUCGUAAAAAACAAACUUUAGUUUUAUCUUUUUUAAAAUGUGUAGUUGAGUAUUUUACUUUUUUACCCACAUUAAAAUGUAAUAAAUUACAUUAUAUAAAUAUAAUUUUUAUUUGUUCCACAUAUUCUGGUGAAACGGGGCAGAUAUGAUUCAAUGUUUUUAGUUACUUUCGUAAUUUAAUAGAAUCUAUAUUUAUUUAUACUAUCUAUUAAAUAAUAAUGGUUUAUUAUGUUAAAUAUAUUCUUUAUUUGUCCUUGUAUAUAUAUGAUGAUUGUAUUCUACCAGUAAUAAACUGUAAACAUACAAUUUUAA